AUGCCCGCCCUCCGCCAGCUCAACACAAUCUCCAGGCUGCUCUUUGACGCCCCCAUGAGCCCAUCCUCCUCCUCAGCCAAAGCCCACUGCUCACGGGCCAACAACUACUUCCUUGCCCUGCCCUCCAUCACUGUCGAGUCACAUUGGCUGGCCCUCUUCCACCUGCCCAUGUUCUACACCGGCUGGGUCAAGAAUGUGGGCCCUGAUUGCCAAGCUAGACGGAGGAGCAACAGCGUCCUGCAUGUGACCUGCUGUCCUUGCGCGGGACGACCACCGGCGCUGGUGCCACAGCUGGAGGAGCUGUUACGGGGCGUGGUGGAGGGGCACUAUGCGCUCAAGCAACUUGCCAAGAGCUCUGCGGAGAGUCUACUCCAGGCCAACCCAGCCGUUUGGCCCCUUGCCCUUCCCGAUCCCCUGCGUCUCCUCGACAACGACCACUCAGAUGCCGCCGUCCUUGACCUAGCUAUGGUUGAGUGGGGAGCAUCCUGGGACCUGAGUCCCUCCCUGCAGUCGGCGGACCUUUGUUGA